UUCCGGGAAGAUGGCGGCCGUCGGAGCGGCUGCGGAGCCGGUAACUGUGGCGGCAGCCGUUGUGCCAAAGGCGAAGAACGAAGAGGAGGAGGAGGAGGAAGAGUCGCUGCCGCCGUGCGAGGCGGUGCGCUGGGCCCCCGUGGGGGCGGUGGCGGAGGCCGGGCCCGGGACGGCCGCGUUCUCGGAAGAGGCGGCCGCCGAGGAGGCCGGCGCGGCCCCGGGCUCCCCGCCGGACUCGCCGGCUCGGACGGUGCGGCGGCUGCGGGCCGAGCGGCGGCGCCUGGACUCGGCGCUGCUGGCGCUGUCUUCGCACUUCGCUCAGGUGCAGUUCCGCCUGCGCCAGGUGGUGCGCGGGGCGCCGGCCGAGCAGCAGCGCCUCCUGCGCGAGCUCGAAGACUUCGCCUUCCGAGGCUGCCCCCACGUCCUGGGUUACGGGGCGCCCGGGGACUCCGCGGGCGACGAGGGCGACGAGCCGCCGGGGGACUGGCCGCGGUUGCGCGGCGAAGACCAGAGUGAGCAGGAGAAACGGGAACGACUGGAAACCCAAAGAGAGAAGCAGAAGGAACUGAUACUGCAGCUCAAAACCCAGCUAGAUGAUCUGGAAACAUUUGCCUAUCAAGAAGGCAGUUACGACUCCCUGCCACAGUCCGUGGUCUUGGAAAGACAGAGGGUGAUCAUAGAUGAGUUAAUAAAGAAAUUGGACAUGAACCUGAAUGAGGACCUCAGUUCACUGUCUCCGGAAGAGCUGCGACAGCGUGUGGAUGCAGCUGUGGCUCAGAUCGUCAACCCCGCCCGAGUUAAAGAACAGUUGGUGGAGCAGCUGAAAACUCAGAUCCGAGACCUCGAGAUGUUCAUCAACUUCAUCCAAGAUGAAGUGGGAAGCCCCUUGCAGACAGAGAGUGGACACUGUGAAUGCAAGGCCAGUGGACAGAUGGGGAAUGGCUCCACGAGAGCUGGCAGCAGCAGACUGCCUCCAGGAAACAGCAAACUAAAGGCAGAAGAUGUGAAGAGAGUUCGGGAGACGGGACUGCACCUGAUGCGGCGGGCACUGGCUGUGCUCCAGAUCUUUGCUGUUAGCCAGUUUGGUUGUGCUACGGGCCAGAUCCCACAAACCCUGUGGCAGCGGGGCCAGGCCGACAGGGACUACUCUCCCUUGUUGAAGAGGCUGGAGGUAUCAGUGGACAGAGUGAAGCAGCUGGCUCUGAAGCACCAGCCACAUGACCAUGUCAUCACCUCUGCCAACCUCCAUGACCUCUCUCUGGGAGGUAAGGAUGAGCUGACCAUGGCCGUGCGAAAGGAGCUGACAGUGGCCGUGAGGGACCUGCUGGCCCAUGGACUGUACGCCCCCUCACCAGGGAUGAGCCUGGUCAUGGCUCCCAUUGCUUGCUUGCUGCCAGCCUUCUCCUCCACCCCUGAGACCAUGCACCCCUGGGAGCUCUUUGUAAAGUACUACCACGCAAAGAAUGGCCGCGCUUACGUGGAGUCCCCAGCCCGGAAGCUCUCCCAGUCCUUUGCCCUGCCUGUUAUGGGAGGCACCAUUGUGACCCCCAAGCAGAGCCUGCUGACAGCCAUCCAUAUGGUGCUGACAGAGCACGACCCUUUUAAGCGAAGUGCAGACUCAGAGUUGAAGGCCUUGGUGUGCAUGGCACUCAAUGAGCAGCGUCUGGUGUCCUGGGUGAACCUCAUCUGUAAAUCAGGGUCACUCAUUGAGCCCCACUACCAGCCCUGGAGCUACAUGGCACACACAGGCUUUGAGAGCGCCCUCAAUCUGCUUAGUCGCCUCAGCAGCCUCAAGUUCAGCCUCCCUGUAGACCUGGCCGUGCGCCAGCUCAAGAACAUCAAAGAUGCCUUUUGAUGGGAAUGCCCUGGCCCUAGACCAGCACCUUGCUCAGUAGGAUAAUGGCUAGUCUUCUAGGAUAGGAGCAAGGAGUUUGAGAGGGCUAAAGACUCUUUUCCUGCCAAAUAACUGCAAUGCUUCUUUUCCUCACCGACUUAGCAGCCCAGACAGAUAAGCUAGAGACCCUUUUUUUAAAAGGGUCUGCCCUGGCAUGUACACAACAGUGUACAGGUGGGCACACGUUUGAGUUAACCCACCAAUGUGUCGGAUCAUAUGUGAUAUUAGGAAAGCCCAGUUACUCUCUCCCUGGCAGUGAAUGGCAGUGGGAGUGAGUUCAUCCUAGGAGAUAUCCAGCUUGAGGUUCCUGUUAUUUCAGAGCCAUCUUCCUUCACUUGAGACGGGCUUGAGAGAAUCCAAAGGCCAGUAUUUCCCUUCCUCUUACAAAUAGUGAUGCCCCUUUCUUCUUGACAACAGGGUCAGGGGAGCCUGUGUAUAUUCCAUAGCUGCCUCUAAAUAAAACUUGGAAUGGAAAUAUCUAUGAACAGGUUUUCUAAGGGAGUUAACCACAACUUGAUUUUAAUAUGAGCCCUUUUUUAUGUAAAGGGGAGAACUGAAAUGUGUUCCUCAUAAGGUAGUCUCCUCCUCACAGCACAGACAUGUCUUUUGGCUUUGGAGGUGGUUGUUUGUGAGGAAUAAGAACCAUUACCGGGUGCCAUGUCCUCUGGCAAGUAAUCUCUUCUCUGCACCUCAAUGGAUUCUGAUAUCAUCCUUUCAGAAGGAACAGUGUUAGAGGUAAACUCCUUGAGAGAACCCUUGCCACCAGAGGCCAGCGUGGAGAGGAAUAUACCCCAGUGACCAACAGCAACUCCUCCCAGGGGUGAGACUCACCAGGCACCGCUUGUCCUGAAGGCUGGAUGAUGGAGAAAGUCUGGUCAUUGACUCGGUACUACAGCUGGAGUGGGAACUACAGCAGAUCACUGUUGACAGGCACAGGGCUAAGCAUUUCAGUGGAAAACUGAUGCUAGGCUGGUCCUAUGUGGUCUAUAGGGUUUUAGCCUUUUUUGUUCAUGUGUCACUCAGCUUGCACACUGCUCUGGGGCUGACCAAAGAUCAGCAAAGUGUAUCACUUUCUGGAAAACCAAGUGGAUUCCCAAGACUACUGAUUCAGCGUUGUUUAAUGUAUUCAGUUGCCAGCUGCACUUUGCGUCUGCACUAUUAAUAAAGUGCAUUUUAACUUAUUUUUUUCAACAACCUGUUAUUUAUGAUGUAUUAUUGAUAAUUUACUAGAAUUAGUCCUCCUAUGUGAAACAGGAUAAGUGUAAAAUGUUGUGAACAAUGAUAUAUCUGUGGUUGCCAAUAAAAUGAUAGUAUUUUGUGUAGCUUCUCUGCAAAAACCUUCAAGACCGUUAGCUUUGGUUUAAAAGUCUGUCUGGGUAUUAUCAGCUCAUCUGAUCAAGAUCAGUAUUUCCUUAAGUUAUGUCUGGCUCCUGACCUUUCUGUCUCUUUUCUGAUCUCUGCCCUGGAUCAACUCAACUUUGUUGGCAUUUAUAUUUCCUCUUGAACAAAUUCACUGAAAACUGCCAUUGGCAUUGCCGCCCCUCUCACCAAGGCUUACAGUGCCGUCACCAUGACAAAUCUACAAAACAUUGUUAAAGACUUCUAAGGUGGUCUGCAUUCAUUCUUUCAUCCUUGGGUGCCUAC